UUGUUCUCUCUCUCUCUCUCUCUCUCUCUCUCUCUCUCCACACACACACUCACACAGUGAACAGACGGGAAGCGACAUGGAGAAAGUGGGGAGAUAAAGCGAUCGAAGUUUUUCAUAUAUAUCUCAGCAACGUACAAGUACUGCGGAUACUAUGAAAGUAUAUCGUAUUUACACAGCAUGUUACAUACUUCAGCGUUUGCUGCCCUACAUUCAUCGGUCGUCCCCGCGUCCUCCACUUCUCUCCUCUACCACGUAAUAUUAAGAGACUUCAUCAGGCCGUUAUCACUUACAUACAUAUAUCACUAAGCAAAUAUGAAGCUCUAAAGAAGACGUGACGCUGUGCGUCCUGUUUCAUCUCACAGCUAAGCAGUCGCUAAACGUCUACAGUAACUUUCGCUACUGCAUGGUGAUUCAACACCAACGCAUGUUUAUGAUGGUCAAACCAGGGUUAAAACGUGGUUUUCUGUAGGAUACCCCCCUAUUUGUGAGACAGGCCGUUCCGUGACCACGAAAACGUGAAAAAGCUGCUUGUAAGAACAGGUUUAUAAACGUCAAACUUUGAAUCGAGAGUUGUAAAAUCUGCAUUUCCAUCCAAUUAUGCAAGGUCGCUACUAAUUAAUGUCUGCAUCACAACAAUGACCAGACUUGGACUAAGUCGGGCAUGCGCAUUGGUGUGCAUUUUUAUCUUCCAACAAGUAGGGGAUUGCGUUGAGACAACUGGUGCAAACGCAGUUCUCAGUUUUAAACCCUUAAUUGUGCGUCACGCGGAACAAACUCGACUGGGAAUAAAACCCUUGUUUGAAAAGACAAAAAGAUCUGCUGCAAAUGGCGGCCACGCUGUCAACAUUUCCGGAGCCACGCGGUUGAAUCAAGUCCUCGACAAAACACUUCAAAGUCAGGAUAUGACAAACAAUGGCAAUGAUUCAGCUCCCAACUGCAGUUCUCCUCAGUACCUCGAUGACUCAAGCGAGGACUUCAUACAUUUCCGGGCGGUUAUCAGGGUCAUGUUAUACAGCAUUGGAAUCGUGUGUAACAUGUUAUCCGUAGCCGUCUUCCACCGCAAGUCUCUGCGGCGCAACACAACGUGUUUGUACAUGACCGCUGUGGCCGUCACUGACACUCUAGUGCUGCUGGAUGGAUACAUGUUCCUUUUUGAGCACGAUAUUGGAAUUAAUGUAAUAUCCCAUGGAGCAGCCACAUGCAAAUUGACCAUGUUUAUUCUGUAUUGUACUCCGGAAAUGAGCGGGCUGUUCUUGACAAUUAUGAGCGCGGAGCGGUAUGUGAAGAUUAAAUUCCCCUUCAAAGCACAGUCUUUGUGUACGGUGCGAAACACGCGCAUUGUCCUGUGCUCGGUGGCUCUGGCCGUAAUUAUCAUUAACUCUCCUAUAAUUCUGACUGGUUUGGCUUUUGAAGAAAUGCCCGGAUGCGAAAGACAUAUUUGCUGGAAUUUCUUACAUUAUGAUUCUCGCGCUGCGCAGAGGAUGGGAAAGGACGUUGCAUACUUUGCAAACAUCCAUUCCUGGCUUGGGGCUACUUUGUACUGGAUCAUACCCCUGAUCUCACUACCAGUUAUAAAUAUCGCGAUAAUUUACGAGACCAGAAAGGCUACCAAACGCCAUGCGCACGCGUCGUCUACUGCGCUGAGAAUCAAUCACGUGAGCGUAACCCAGGACACAAUGACAGGCACGAGCAGCUCCACCGACCAUGAUGACACGGGUAUCUCAGAAACUGGCAUCCCCCAAAACGCCAAUACAAGCCAAUAUGAAGUCCGGAAAAAAAGCCAAAAACAAGUGCAAAGAAUGUUACUCGUGGUGACUUUUUCCUACGUUGCCCUCGUUACGCCAUAUAAUCUUUUACAAACGAGGGUGCUAGAUUUGUGGAAGUACGGUCGUGUUCAUCAGUGGGUUUUCACAAUUGCCAUCUUCUUGUUUUACGCCAACCACGCUGUGAAUUUUUGGCUCUACUGCAUCAGCGCGCCCAAAUAUCGUAGAGAACUAAGAAGGGUACUGAAAUCUUGCCGGUUACCAUCACGUGUUGAAUCUCGCACUACUGAAUAGCUUAACGUUCUUAUGAUAAAUAAAGACAUUUGCUGCUUA